AUGAUCCUCAAGAGGCAAGAUCUCAGAGGAAAAUGGCUACAUGGAACACCUGGGAAGCUUGACUUAAGGUACUCAAAACCAGCUCAGACUCUCAUGCACAAGCUUGACCAAGAAGUCAUAAUGACGCCAGGGGCAGCGAGGGGCAAGUUCUCCCUGCUUGCAAAAGAUCUCCUUCAACCCUCUCCAGAAGAGGAGAAGAGGAAACACAAGAAGCAGCGCCUGGUGCACAGCCCCAAUUCCCAUGUCAUGGAUGUGAAAUGCCCAGGAUGCUAUAAAAUCACGACAUAUUUUAGCCACGCACAAACAGUAGUUUUGUGUGUUGGCUGUUUAACUGUCCUCUGCCAGCCUACGGGAGGAAAAGCGAGACUUACAGAAGGAUGUUCCUUCAGGAGGAAGCAGCACUAAAAGCAGCCUGAAUCAAGAUAAGUGGGAAAACAUCCCAAUAAACACAUUUUGGAUA